CGCGCUCCGGCCGAGUAGCGGCGCCUCCUCGGGCGGCAGGCGGGACUUGGGCGCUAGAGCCGAGGGAGGGAGAGCGGAGAGGACCGGCGGACGGAGCGACGGACUGACGGCCGGGCGACGCCGGGACGGAAUGACGGUGCAGCACCCCUGAUUUCGGACUCUCCUUCCUAAGCUGACAGCUGCCUCCUCCUGGCCGGAGCCCUUCAGGAUGUCCUCCUUGCACCGCCUGGCCGCCUGCCUGCAGGAUUCGGAGAAGGUCGCCGCUUUCCAGAGGCUGUGCGGCGUGCAAGCGCCUCCAGAGUGGGGGGCUGCCCUUUCUCCGCCCCGGCCCCUGGAGCCCGGGGCCCUGGUGGCCAACGGGAGCUGCCCGGCCACCCAGCCGGAUGGCGUGAGCGACGGGAGGUGCCGCUUCCAAGGCCCCUGCAGUGUGGGCGAGAAGGGUGACGUGUGGCACUCAAACGGGGUGCUCUCCGGGGGGACCUGCGGUGGGGUGGAAGCCCAGAUCAAGGCCCCAAAGAAAGAGGAGAAGCCUGGGCUCGGGGUUCCCAAAAAGCAGCCUCGUCGCAACUCUCUGUCUGGGGAAAUGAUAUGCCAGGAUUUCUCCAUCCGCAGCCCCUUUCUCUAUUACAUGUUCAGCCUGGGCACAGAGCUGGGCAACGAGCUCUUCUACAUCCUCUUUUUCCCCUUCUGCAUCUGGAACCUGGAUGCUUGGCUGGGCAGGAGGGUCAUCAUCGUUUGGGUCUGGGUCAUGUACCUGGGCCAGUGUACCAAGGAUCUUAUCCGUUGGCCGAGACCUGCAUCCCCACCUGUGGUCAAGCUGGAGGUUUUCUACAACUCCGAGUACAGCAUGCCCUCUACGCAUGCCAUGUCGGGCACUGCCAUCCCAGUGACAUUACUGUUGUUCAGCUAUGGAAGGUGGCAGUAUCCUUUGGCAUAUGGGCUGGUUCUUGCAAUCUGCUGGUGUUCUCUGGUUUGUUUUAGCCGAAUAUAUAUGGGAAUGCAUUCAAUUCUGGAUGUUAUCGCUGGAUUCUUUUACGCUCUUCUCAUCCUAGCUGUCUUCCUUCCACUUGUGGACCUAGUUGACAGCUUCAACUUAACCUGCAAGUACGCGCCCCUAAUUAUCAUCAGUCUCCAUCUUGCCUUGGGGAUUUUCUCCUUCACUCUUGACACUUGGAGCACCUCGCGAGGAGACACUGCUCAGAUCCUGGGCUGCGGUGCCGGCGUUGCAUGUGGCUCUCACGUUAUCUACAUGCUGAGCCUGAUGCCGGAUCCUUCGCCAGAGAUGCUUCCCUUGGUGCCUCCCUCCCUCACCGUGACUCUCUUUGGAAAAGCCAUGUUGCGGUUGCUGAUUGGAGUGGUGAUUCUGUUGCUAACGAAGUGGGGCAUGAAGAAGGUCACUAUCCCACUGGCCUGUAAAAUCUUCCGCAUCCCUUGUGACGAUAUUCGGCUGGCGCGGCAGCGCAUGGAAGUGGAGCUGCCUUAUCGCUACAUCACCUAUGGAAUGGUGGGAUUUGCGCUGACUUUCUUGAUUCCAUCCCUGUUUCAUAUAAUGGGUCUGUCCUGAUGCAGGUGUUUUUUCCUUGGCAUGGGAAGGGAGGCGAACAGUGGACAUUGUGAGAGAAGGUGCACCGUUUGAGAAACACAGAGAUGCGCUAUCGCGCUGCCUCUGCUGAAAUAGUACAGGGCAAACAAAGAGAGCUCCAGUCUUCGAUCAUAGAGUUAAGAGACCUAGAAGCUUCAGGUCCCUGAGAAAUGCCAUGUCUAGUCUUACUGUUGUAACAAAAUGUAAACUCUGUGUAUGUGUAUGCAUAUAUACUGUCGAUGCCUCAAACUUAUAAACGUACCUCUCUCUUUAUUUGGACAUGUAUAAAACUGGUUAUGUUUCUAGUUGAUCCAAAAGUUUGAUUUGUGGUCACUUCAAGCCAUUUCAUACUAAGUUAUUUGUUUCUUCGGACCACAAACUGCUCUGGUGGAAAAGCUUGUUACCUCGGCACUUCCAAAUGUUUUGCGUAGGAAGGAAGCUGUUCUAAUGGACCAAAAUUUUAAUGAGAGAACCUGGUAUUUAAGAGUCUUUUCCAUAUUCUAAAACAUCGUUAAUUUGUCAAUACAAACCAGUUACAUUCAGGUACUGUAUCCUUUUUCCUUUUUUCCCCCUUUUUGCUUGAUAAUUGUGCCUUUCUGUUGCUAAAUUAAAAAGCACCAAUACUGUGAUGUAUAUAAAAAAGCCCACAACUAUUUUAAAUUUUUACUGAAUUAGGCAGAUAUUUUAAAAUGUAACUAGCCACAUAACUAAUAAAAAUAAAGAUUUAUCUUCUGUAUUAAAAGUUUGAAAACCAAUUGAGCUGAAAUUUACAUUGGUGUUCGCUAGCAGUGAACCUGAUGCUUACUUGCUUUUUAUAGGUAUUUUUAAAGUGCUGUGUAUGCUGUUGGAAGAACAUAUAUUUUUCUGCUGUCUUAAUUUAUAAUAUAGUUAUGCUGUAUCCAAAAGCGAGAGAGAGUGCUGAAAAUUACAAAUUCGAACCACGUGUAUGUUGGCGCCAAACAAUUACUUCCGCAUCAUUUUCUUUAGACUCAUUUCAGAUUGAUCAGUCUUCUUAAUGCUGGCUUUGAAAGAAACCUGUCCAAAACUUGCAUAUUAUCAGUUAACUCGUGUUUUCCAAAAGUAUUAGAUAACUGCAAUACAGUGUCUAGAGUGAUCACUUCAAUAUGGCUGACUUCUGUGGAAGUUGGGUGCUUCAUUAUGAACGGUCUGUCUAAAGUUGCGUUGCCCAUUAGAGUUGGCACGCCGAGCGGAACUAUGGCAGGCUAUUCUUCUGGCAACUUAUUGGCAGCAAUGUCUUCGGAUGUGGCUUGCUGUCUCAAGGUUCUCUGGAGACAAGCCUGAUAUGCGAUGCUUGGAGCUGCACGGAGGAAGACUGGGGAGAAGAGCGUGUUUGCUGUCUCACAGACUAAAUUGGAUUUGUGUGAGCUAAUAACUCACGAACACUGAAGCACUUUUAACUUGUUUAUAGUGUGUAUAUUUAAUGUAUGGGGGGAGAAGUGUGAUGACAGCAAGCCCUGCCUCAACCUAUCUGUGCAGUUCUUAUGCACGUACAAACUAUGCAUUAAUAAAAUUACAGUAGCAGACCUCGACAACAAUGCACUUAUCUCUUGGUGACAUCCCUUUGCUGUUCAUAGAAGAAGUCAGAGCACUGAAUUGUUUCCCUGUGACAUUGAUUUCAUUUUGGCGCUGUGAUUUUU